CUCUAGUAUGCGUGCAAGUAACUUGCGUCUAUCGCAUACAAGUUGCUGCUUUGGCAUCAUGGUGUUAAUUUAAUUGUCCGCACGCCUUCCAAGAAAGCCGAGCACUGUGACGGGCAUUACGAUGAGACCCGUCGAGCAGCUUUAUGCUCCUUGUUCUCCUGUGUCGCCAUGCCAUUCGAUGCCAGUUCACGCGAAUUCCUGGAAAGGCUCAUUGAACUGAAAGACAAAGCUUCUCUAGCAUCAGAAAGCGAUCUUGAUUCGGCAUUUGCUUGCCUGUCGGAACCAACGUUACGUCUAACACACCUGCAGCCAGAACAGCGAUUAGCGGUCAUUCACGAUAUCGCUUGGAAACGCCAUGUCUGGUUUGUCCUCCAGAAACUCGUUCCUCAGUAUUCUAUUCUCUUGUCGCCUGAACACCGUCAUUGUCUUGAAAAUUUGGUGACCGGCACGUCUGAUCUCGAUGACCAGGCCACCUGGAGCCUGAUUCAGAUCAGUUUACCGAUCCUCCUGGAAUGCCUGCAAACGAGCUCAGGGGAGAAUAUUCAAUCCUUGGACAUAUACAUGCGGUUGCUGAAACGGCUUGUUCAACCUGCCUCUGUUCGCCUUUAUAUGACCACAGUACAAAUAACCGAUGUUCGCUGGUUUUGCACCAUGUUAUGCUCUAUCCCUUCGCGGUUGGCCAAUGCCUUUGGCCUGCAACAGUAUCAACAGCAAGACGAGUCUUGGUAUAUUGACAGCCAAUUUUAUUCUGCGUUGACCCGGCAUCUGGCGCAGAGCAUGACUGUUUACUGGGAACAUGAUGGAGGAAAACUGCUCAAGCCAGUUGAAACGUUGUCUGUGUUUCCUGGUGAAUUAUUGGGCAAGAUGUUUCGUCAAGGUUAUGAAGAUGAUUGCAUCAAUACACUCUAUCCGAUUGCUGUGGCGCAAAUCCAGUCCCAUGCUCAAGCCAGCCCAAUAUGGUCUGCAGUCCUUAGGCGAGCAGAGACAAUUUCAACACCUGACAAAGUUUGGAAAUCGUUGAUGAACUAUAUCCAUGAUAAAGUAGCUUCCCAGUCGGAAGAUGCUCUGACUAUAUCUCCAGCAAUAAUUACUGCGUGGGCUGCUGAAGCGGCCUCGCUGUUAUUCUGUACAGAAAAUAUGAAGAGUCCCAGCGAGCGACGAAAACGAAUUGAAGCUUUUUUGACAGUGACGAUAUUUAACCUUUCCAAGGCACGAUGGGCAGACGGUUUAACGGCGCGACUGACGGUAGCAGUAGCUGUCCACGCAGCAGGGCUUGUUCCCGUAACAACGAAGGACCCUCAACGACCAUGGCAAUUAUCGGAAAUGGCAACGGUUAUCGUUUCAAAAUAUACCCAAAGAGUCAUUGAUAUGUGGACCGAUCCUGUCUUUAUUAAACGCGCCAGUUAUCAAGAACAUGAAUACAUGACUGUAGACAUGCUCGUUCUGUUUGGCUAUUUGGACAAUGUACGAUUGUACGAAAUAGUGAAUACGACCUCCAUUAUACCUGCUGUUACUCAGUGGUUCGACACUGGCAGUGCAGAAAAUCUCAAAUUAGGCAUGACGGUCGGUGAAAGUCUGUCGAGCCGGAUGGAAAACAAUGAAGCUGGCAUUAGUUGUAAAUUGUUAAGCGAUGAUGAUCACCAGUAUUUGGCUAUGAAAGCAUUAGCGUCUUCCGGCGAUGCUUUGGCAAAGGCCGCCAAUAUUUCAAGCUCGGUGACACCUACUGUUGAGGAACCACCAAGUGACGAGGAAGACAAAGGCGCGCUAGAGGAGGACGCUGACCUUGAUCCGGAUGCUUUAAUGGUACCGAGCGAUGACUCGGAAGACUCAGAUUUGGAGCCGUAUUACAUGGAAGAAGAAUCUGAAGACGAAGAAUUCGCUCCAAAGGCGGAAAGGAAAAAAGUGAAAAGUCCCACAUACAUUUUGGACUUGGUUGCAUAUCUCAAAGACCGCGACGAUCCUGUGAAACUGGACAUUGCGCUUGGAGUUGCAGAACAAGUGAUCCGCGAGAAAACGGCGUUUGGAAGUGAAAUUAGCGAGUCGGCCAUUCCAUUAGCACGCUAUCUGAUUGGUUUACCGACCGAUUAUGAUCUCACGGAUUUCACAACACGUCAACAGAAAGCGCUGACGGCGCUAAUUGUGGCGGUGCCGCAAGUUGUUACCAGUUUCAUGAUCGAUGAGAUCUACAGUCGCACCUCGUCCACAGCGCAACGACAAACCAUUUUAGCCGCCAUCCUGUUUGCUGUACGGGAAUUAGCGGGAUGGACUGAAAAAGAGAAAAUGGAUGAAACUCGGCAGGCAUUGGACCGCAUGACCAUCGAUACGCCGGUUCGAGUGGGGCAGCUCAAGUAUCAUUCACGAAGGGCCGAAGUGGAAUUGAAGCGACAGCAGGGGAUGCAACGGAAUCGCCUCAGUGGACUGGCUGGACCGGUCUUCUUUUUCCCACUCCUCGUGGGCUGGUGGGAAGGUGCACAAAGGCGUAUGCCGUGGUGGAUCGGCAAUGAUGAAAUGUUAUCCGAACGAUUCAUUAUGACACUGAACGUGAUCAUGCACAGCGCUACAAAUACCCCUGACAAACGACGGAUUGUGAUGGAAUAUUUCGAAUUCGCAUUAUCCAUGCGCUAUGUACCGUGUUCCAAAGCGAUCAAACGCGCUCUUUUGCUGGGUCUAGAUAUUAUACUGAAUGUGAGCUACAAACAUCAGGAGCGACUCCUGUUGCACGAUUACACAAAAGAACUCGUAGAUGUGAAGGACUGGCUUCAAACUAUCCUAGAAGCCCCAGACGAAGAAGAUCACCUCAAAGAGUCCGCCAUCUUGUUGCUGUCUCGACUUGCCCACAUUGCCUCCUUGGAAUAAAACCUGAUCCAUUGACGCGAUGGCAUUUGCGUUAUCAGUCAUAUUUGCAUAAUAAUAUUACCGAUCGCUUUACCAUGGCGCCCGUUUGUAACACAUAGCAACCUGCGUAAAUGCCCCAUGACAAAUAAAAAAAAACUGUCGCA